UGACCAAGCAAGAUGGCGGCGCCCAAUAUGAAUGAAGACGAUUCAGAUAUUUACGGUACAAGGAGAGAAAAAAGGCCGUGUAGGGCUUGUACAGACUUCAAAUCAUGGGCCAAAAAGAAAGGAGUGAACUUCGAGAAUGCACCUGUUCAACCGCCGAGGAAUUGCCCUCUGGAUCGGGAAACCCUAGGACGAAACACAUGGUCUCUUCUUCAUACAAUGGCAGCUUACUACCCAGAUCGGCCGAACACAACGCAACAAGAAGACAUGAAACAGUUUUUCCGGAUAUUUUCAAAGUUCUACCCAUGCGAUGACUGCGCGACAGAUUUUCAGAAAAGCCUGGAGAAGAGGCCACCAGCGACUUCCAGCCGGAAAGAACUUUCCCGGUGGCUGUGCGAUGAGCACAACGAAGUGAACAGGAAGUUGGGGAAGCCACAGUUCGACUGUUCUCGCGUCGACGAGAGAUGGCUUCAUGGGUGGCGAGACGGAUCCUGCGAUUAGACCUACAUUAUCUUAUCAACUAGGGACUUAAUUGACACGUACGUUCUUCUGCGGGUUUCGCUUAGCGAUAUUACGGGCCUCCUUCGUGGAAGGCCAUCAUAUCGAAAGCAGACGACAGAAAGCAGACGUGUCGUCUGCUUCGGGUUCUAUAGCGGUUUCUGUUUGGGUCCCGUAGAUUUAUUGUACAUAUAAGUACGCAAAUAUUUGCACUCUUAUAAUAAAUACGUUGCAAACAUUUC